UGGAAUUCCAGCCUGGAGCAGCCAGCCUGCUCUCCCCUCCUCCUCCUGGCCGCUCUCAGCCGCCAAUCCCUGGAGAAAUCCCUCCCCGCCGGCUACCGGGAGCACGAGGAUCCCCGGGAAUCUCCGGGAUUGAUCCGGUGCGGCGAGUACAGCAACCAGGUGCUGCCGGACGGGCGGUGCCGGAUCGUGGCCACGCUGCCGCAGGGCGACGAGCAGCGCUGCCCGGACCUGUUCCGCUGCACCGACGAGGUCUCCUACUGGCUCCACGAGAACGAGGAGCGCAAGCAGCAGAUCCUGGAGCUGCGCGAGCUGAUCUCCGAGCUCCAGGAGGAGCUCCGCAACCACCGGCACCGCCUCAAAGCCCUGGAGGUCCAGCAGGAGGAGGCGGCGGGGCAGAACCAGAGCCUGAUCCAGAGGCUGCAGGACCUGGAGCAGCAUUCCCGGGAAUCCAGCACGCUGCAGCACAUCCAGGCCACGCUGCUCUACGACAUCCAGGCGCAGAUCAACAACAUCUCGGCCCUGGCCGGCUGGGCCUGGCGGAACCCCAGCUGCCUGCACACCGCCGACCUCCGCCUGCAGGAGGAGAUGCGGCAUCCCGAAAUCAAACACGGCCGGAAUUGUCCCAUCGACUGCGCUUCCGUCUACUCCAACGGGCUCCGGAGAUCCGGGAUCUACAGCAUCCUGCCCUCGGUGCGCGGAAUUCCCAUCGAGGUCCUCUGCGAGAUGGACACGGAAGGGGGCGGCUGGACCGUCAUCCAGAGGCGCCAGGACGGAUCCGUGGAUUUCAACCGGACCUGGAACGAGUACAAAGAAGGAUUCGGGGACCUCAACGGGGAAUUCUGGCUGGGCAACGACAACAUCCACAGGAUGACGAGCCAAGGGGAUUAUUCCCUACGGAUCGACCUGGAAGACUGGAAUAACAAACACAAGCACGCCUUCUACCAGGUCUUCAGCAUCGAGGACGAGGAGAACUCCUACCGGCUCCACGUGGACGGGUUCAGCGGCACCGUGGAGGAUUCCUUCGCCUGGUACCACGACAAGAGGAGCUUCAGCACGCCGGAUUCCGGGAAUAUCUGCGCCGAGAUUUCCCACGGAGGCUGGUGGUACCACCAGUGCUUCUUCUCCAACCUCAACGGCGUCUACUACAAGGGCGGCCGCUAUUCCCUGAAGCACCGGAAGAUGCUGGGCCCGGACGGGAUCGUCUGGUAUUCCUGGAAGGACACGGAUUACUACUCCCUGCGGAAGGUGGUGAUGAUGAUCCGGCCGCGCGACUUCCGGCCCCACCUCUCCCCGUGACCCGGCCCGGGACCGUCCCCGCUUCGCAUCCCGCGGAAUUCCGGCAAGGGAGGGCUGGGAAUGGUGCCGGGAAAUGGAUUUGGGAUGGACCAAACUGGUGCUGUUGGGUUUUGUGGGGAUGGAUCCAGCUGGGAUCCAACAGGGAAUUGAUCUGAGUGCUCCAACUGGGAGAUCUCCCGGGAAUGUGGAGAUGGUUCCUGGGAAAGGAAUGGAUCCAAGAGGGAAUUGAUCCGAGCCCUCCAAAGUGGGAGAUGUCCUGGGAAUGUGGACGUGGUCCCUGGGAAAGGGAUGGAUCCAACCAGAAUCCAACAGGGAAUGAUCUGAGUCUUCCAACGCAGGAGAUCUCCUGGGAAUGUAGAAGGGAGUGGAUCCAACCGGGAUCCAAAUCUUCUGGGAAUGUGGAGGUGAUUCCUGGGAAGGGAAUGGGCCCAACUGGGAAUCCAAUUGGGAAUGGAUCCGAGUCCUCCAACGUGGGAGAUCUCCUGGGAAUGGGGAGCUGAUUCCUGGGAAGGGGAUGGAUCCAAGAGGGAAUUGAUCCGAGCCCUCCAAAGUGGUGGAUCUCGUGGGAAUGUGGAAGGGAAUGGAUCCAACCGGGAUCCAAAUCUCCUGGGAAUGUGGAGAUGGUUCCUGGGAAGGGAGUGGAUCCAAUGGGGAAUCGAUCUGAGUGCUCCAAUGUGGGAGAUCGCUGGGGAAUGUGGAGGUGAUUCCUGGGAAGGGAAUGGAUCCAUGCAGGAUCCAGAUCUCCUGGGAAUGAGGAGGUGGUUCCUGGGAAGAGAGUGGGUCCAAUUGGGAUCCAACAGGGAAUUGAUCCAAGUCCUCCAACGUGGGAGAUCCCCUGGGAAUGUGGAAGGGAAUGGAUCCAGUUGGGAUCCAAUGGGGAAUCAAUCCCAGUCCUUCAUUGUGGGAGAUCUCCUGGGAAUUUGAUGGCGAUGAUUCCUGGGAAGGGAAUGGAUGCAAGAGGGAAUUGAUCCGAGCCCUCCAAAGUGGUGGAUCUCGUGGGAAUGUGGAGAUGGUUCCUGGGAAGGGAAUGGAUCCAGCCAGAAUCCAACAGGGAAUUAUCUGAGUCUCCAAUGUGAGAGAUCUCCUGGGAAUGUGGAGGUGAUUCCUGUGAAGGGAAUGGAUCCAAGCGGGAUCCAACAGGGAAUUGAUCCAAGUCCUUCAGGGUGGGAGAUCCCCUGGGAAUGUGGAAGGGAAUGGAUCCAGUUGGGAUUCAAUGGGGAAUCGAUCCGAGUCCUUUAUUGUGGGAGAUCUCUGGGAAUUUGGUGGCAAUGAUUCCUGGGAAGGGAAUGGAUCCAACUGGGAAUUGAUCCGAGCCCUCCAAUGUGGGAGACCUCCUGGGAAUAUGGAGAUGGUUCCUGGGAAGGGAAUGGAUCCAAUGGGGAUCCAAAUCUCCUGGGAAUGCGGAGCUGAUUCCUGGGAAGGGAAAGGAUCCAGCCGGGAUCCAGUUGGGAAUUGAUCCGAGUCCUCCAACGUGGGAGAUCCCCUGGGAAUGUGGACGUGGUUCCUGGGAAGGGAAUCGAUCCAAGAGGGAUCCAAAUUUUCUGGGAAUGUGGAGGUGAUUCCUGGGAAAGGAGUGGAUCCAGCUGGGAUCCAAUUGGGAAUUGAUCCGAGUGCUCCAACGUGGGAGAUCUCCUGGGAAUGUGGAGAUGAUCCCUGGGAAUGGAAUGGACCUAGCCGGGAUCCAACUGGGAAUUGAUCAGAGCCCUACAAGGUGGGAGACCUCCUGGGAAUGUGGAGAUGGUUCCUGGGAAAGGAAUGGAUCCAACUGGGAUCCAAAUUUUCUGGGAAUGGGGAGAUGAUUCCUGGGAAGGGCAUUCCCAAGAUUAAAUCCAGGUGUUUGGGUGCUGGGAAUCAGCUCCAGGCUGAUCCGUGUGGGGUCCCAUGAGCGCCAACCCAAUGGAAUCUCCCAAGGGGAGCAAUGGAAGCGCUCCUGGGGGGAUUUUCCACGUGGGAUUUGAUAGAGCAGCUUUUAUUCCCGAGGAUUUGCAUCCCACUUCCAAAGAUCCCAAAGAUCCGACAGCCUCAGGGAUGCACGGAAUCGGCUCUGAGGGAAUCCGGGAGAUCCAAGGUGCAUUCCCAGGGGUGGAAUCUCAGGAAAACGAGGAAGGAUUGUGUUCCGCACCCUUGGGAAUAAAAAUAUUCCAAACGAAAGGAUUCCAAAGCAAAACAACCAAAACUGGGAAGUUUUUCCAUUUCUCCUUCCGUUUUCACCUCCCUGCCCUUCGUCCGGCAAAGAAUUCCCGAUGGAUUUCCCAAUCCAGCCUAAAAAGGGAUCAGGAAUGAUCAGAGGGGAUUUAAACCUCGUUUUUUUUCACUGCCUUACUCUGGCUAAUUCGAAUAAUUAAUUUGAAUAAUUAAUUUGGUAAUUAAUUUUAAUUAAUUCAGCCGGAAACCCUCCUUUUUCCCUGGCUUUGCCUUUUCCUGGGAUCCCGACUUGGAUGCUGGGACUCGGCUCCGCCCUCCCUGUGUUUGAUGAUGAAUAUUUAAUUUCGUUUAAUUAAUUCAAUUCAAUUCAAUUAAUAUUUAAUUAACUGAUCAUUUUCCCUGUUCCAUGUUUUCUGAGGAGGGAAAGUCGGAUUUAUCCCUUCCAACCACUCCCUUCCCUCUUGGUGCUCUCCUGGCGGAUUCUUUCCGAUAUUCCCGGACUCUGUUUUCCCUGGAAUGUCGUUUUUUUAUGGAUAAAUCCACGGACAAGUUGCCUUCCAAGCACCCCACAAAUAAAUAAUUCCCAGAGAAUGAACCAA